AUGUUUGUGGCACUAGAACAGGUAAAUAAGGAACUUGAAAGACUUGAAAGCCUAGGAAUAAUCGAAAAGAUGGGCUACUUAGAUUGGGCAGCACCUAUGUUCUGCGUAGAAAAGAAAAAUAAUAAGUUAGAAGUCUGUGCAGGUUUUUCAACGGGGUUGAAUGAUUGCUUAAUCUCACAUAACUAUCCAUUGCCGAGUCCUGAGGAAGCGUUCGCAAAAUUGAAAGGAGGGAAAUUCUUCUCAAAAUUAGACCUCUCGCAGGCAUAUUUACAAUUCCAAGUGGAGGAAGAAUGCUCACACUCAUUAAUCAUUAAUGCACACCGUGGCUUAUUUAAAUUUAAGCGGUUUCCCUUCGGUGUAAAAGUGGCUUCUUCCAUAUUUCAGCAAGUAAUGGGUACAAUGCUGGGUGACUGUGAUUUUGCUAUCGCCUAUUUAGAUAAUAUCCUAAUAAAAAGCGAAUCACAUGAACAACAUGGAGAACACGUAAAAAGACUAUUCGAAAAGAUAGGAGAAUACGGUUUCAAUUUAAGUGAAGUAAAAUCGUUCGCUGUAGAACAUGUAACUACGGUGCCAUACCAUCUCAGAUCUAAUGGACAAGCAGAACGCUUUGUCGAUACGUUCAAGAGAAUCCUAAGAAAGUCGAAUAAGGAAGUCAUGGAUGAGGUAGAUCUACAAAAAUUCUUUAGAGUAUACCGUGUGACACCAAAACCAAAUAUACCAGCACGUAUGUCACCAGCGGAGCUGAUGUUUGCGAGGAAAAUAAAAUCAGUCUUCAACAAAUUACUACCUGGUCAGAAAAGACAAAUUGCAAUGGAUAAUACAGCAAGAUAUUUCAGAAUUGGUGAAAAUGUAUUUGUUAGGACUUAUAAGAACGGAAAACAGAGUUGGGAAGACGGCGUAAUUACCAAACGCAUAGAAAAAAAUGCUAUACUUGCCAGAAACUUUUCAGCACCAUCUCGUAAUGCAAAAAUACCCAGCGGACUGCGAUAUAAAUAA